UGCUGUGGUAAUUUAAUUCCUUCUCCCCUUGUUUUUGUUUUGAAGUCCAAACCCCAUAACCCUAAUCAUAACCAGUGUCUCUCUCUCUCUCCGUCUAAUUUCCUUCGACCUUCACCAAAACCAUUUUCUAUGGAGGUUUCUCCGUAGUUGCCGAAGCAUUCGUGUCUGGAUACACUAGAUACUGUUACAAGCUAUCGCUGCAUCAUCGACAUUAACUAUAUUUCACACUGGCCCAUCGCCUGUCCAUAGCUUUUCAAAUUUUACAAUGAAUGCAUCUUCCACUCCCAAUUUUGCCCCAGUAACUUCAUGGAUGCCCACCACUCAAUCUUUUCCCAUGUCUACUGAAUCUUCUGGAGCUUCAGGGACAGCUGGACACGCUGGGUUAGUACCGUCUGUUCAGAUGAUUACUGCUUCUGCAGCUGUGGAUUCUCCCUCUUCUGCAGUCCCUAGACCCAGUGCUCCUGUUUCAUCAAAUCAAGCUGUUCAGCAACAAAUAUAUCCAACCUAUACACCCCUACCUUCUAUGGCUUCUUCCCCUCAGGGAUUUUGGAUGCAACAUCCUCCAAUGGCUGGCUUCCCCAGGCCUCCAUUUGUUCCUUAUCCUACGAUUUAUCCUGGACCCUUUCCUUCAGCAUCAAGUGGUAUGCCUCAUCCAGCACAUUCAUCUGAUUCUCAACCUCCUGGUGUUAGUCCUCUGGCAACAAGUCCAUUUGCACCAUCAAUUGCUAUUCCAGCUAACCAGUCAUCGGUUGCUUCGGGAAUACAGACAGGGUUACCUCCUCAAGGAAUUGAUAACAGGAAUGUUGGCACCAGGGUUGAAGCUGCUGUCAAUGAACAAUCGGAUAUCUGGACUGCCCACAAGACUGAUACGGGGAUUGUCUAUUAUUAUAAUGCAUUAACAGGAGAGUCGACAUAUGAAAAACCAGCUGGGUUUAAGGGGGAGCCUGACAAAGUGCCUGUGCAGCCAACUCCAGUUUCAGUGGAGCAAUUGGCAGGAACAGAUUGGGCACUGGUCACCACAAGUGAUGGCAAAAAAUAUUACUACAACAGCAAAACCAAGAUUAGUAGUUGGCAGAUCCCUAGUGAAGUAGCAGAGUUGAGAAAGAAACAGGAUAAUGAUUUUUCAAAGGAACAUGCAGUGCCAGUACCAAAUAUUGAUGUUGUGGCAGAAAAAGGAUCUACUCCAAUAAGUUUGAGUGCUCCGGCGGUUAACACUGGUGGUCGUGAUGCCAUGCCUUUAAGAACCUCAGUGGUGCCAGGUUCCUCAUCUGCACUGGAUUUAAUUAAGAAGAAGUUGCAAGACUCUGGAGUUCCUUCUUCUUCAUCACCUGUUCCAGUUAUGCCAGUAACAGCAGCACAAGAAUUAAAUGGCUCAAGAACAGUUGAUGUUAAGGGCUUGCAAAGUGAAAACAGCAAAGAUAAGCUAAAAGAUGCUACUGGAGAUGGUAACAUAUCUGAUUCCUCUUCAGAUUCUGAGGAUACAGACAGUGGACCUUCUAAGGAAGAGUGUAUUAUGCAAUUUAAGGAAAUGCUUAAAGAACGGGGAGUAGCACCAUUCUCGAAAUGGGAAAAGGAACUACCAAAGAUAGUGUUCGAUCCACGUUUUAAGGCUAUUCCAAGUCAUUCUGCUAGGAGGACCUUGUUUGAACACUAUGUUAAGACGCGUGCUGAGGAGGAACGGCGAGAAAAACGAGCAGCUCUGAAGGCUGCAAUAGAGGGAUUUAAGCAGUUGCUGGAUGAAGCAUCAGAGGAUAUUGAUCACAACACCAAUUAUCAGACUUUCAAAAGAAAAUGGGGAAGUGAUCUGCGAUUUGAGGCUUUGGAUCGUAAGGAUCGCGAGCUUCUAUUAACUGAAAGGGUUCUUCCUUUAAAGAGGGCUGCUGAAGAAAAGGCUCAAGCUAUACGUGCUGCUGCUGCCUCUAGUUUUAAGUCCAUGCUUAAAGAGAAAGGAGAUAUAACUGUUAAUUCCCGUUGGUCCAGGGUGAAGGAUAGUAUAAGGGAUGAUAUGAGGUAUAAAUGUGUUAAGCAUGAGGAUCGGGAGGUUUUGUUCAAUGAGUACAUAUCUGAACUAAAAGCUGUAGAAGAGAAAGCAGAACGAAAGGAAAGAGUGAAAAAGGAGGAAGAGGAGAAGCUGAAGGAAAGAGAGCGUGAGUUGCGGAAAAGGAAAGAGAGAGAAGAACAAGAAAUGGAAAGGGUGCGGCUAAAAGUUCGCAGGAAGGAGGCGGUUGCAUCUUUUCAAGCUUUGCUUGUGGAAACAAUUAAAGAUCCUCAGGCAUCUUGGACGGAGUCAAAGCCUAAGUUGGAAAAGGAUCCUCAGGGACGUGCAGCGAAUCCUGAUUUAGAUGCAUCGGAUACGGAGAAGCUCUUCCGUGAACACAUAAAGAUGCUGUUUGAGAGAUGUACGCAUGACUUCAGAGCUCUUUUAGCUGAAGUUAUAACUCAAGAUGCAGCUGCCCAAGAGACAGAAGGUGGGAAAACAGUCUUUAAUUCAUGGUCAACAGCCAAACGUCUUUUAAAGCCUGAUCCCAGGUAUAGCAAGAUGCCGAGAAAAGAGAGGGAAGCUUUGUGGCGCCGGUAUGCUGAGGAUAUGUUGCGGAAGCAGAAGGUGGCAUUAGAUCAAGAGGAAGAGAAACGCACAGAUGCAAAAGGCAGAAGCUCUGGUGAUUUGGGUAGAUUUUCAUCAGGUUCGAGGAAAGUCCAUGAACGAAGGUAGCUUGAUUUCUUGGGAAACUAGUUGUUUGUAGAAUUUACUGAUUUUUUUUUUUUUUGCUUUUGCUAUACAUAAUAUAUAUAUAUUUAAAAGAAUUAGCCUGAUUUAGUUCUUGGGGCUUUCCCCAUGCUAUUUCCGGAGGAAGAAAAUGAAUGGUUCAAAACAAAAAGAUAUUCACCCAUUGAUUUCAAAUCUUGUGCACCAUAGCAGACAUGGGGUGCCUUCUCUGAUCA